AUGCCUCGCACUUUUGCAUGUGAUGUGGCGCCGGAGCUUCCGGCGACGUAUUUUGAUGCGUGCAGUCUGCGGCUUAAGGAGCACAGGCAAGUUCUGAAAAACAGCCGCGGCAGCCUUUUCUGCGGGCCGAACCGGACUGCCUACAGAGCGCUUUCGCGUUUUCCGGUGGGUCCAAGGGAUCUUUUUGUCGAAGGGACCGUGCUCACUCAGUCUCACCGGAUUGUGACUUGCGAGGGACAGCGGGGCUGUGCCAUGGAGUUGGCUGCGACGGAUGCGGAUGCGACGGAUAUCACAAAUGUGUGGCUGGAGCAGAAGGUGUCGGAUGUGGAGGUCGUGAUCGGCACCUCCAAGAGCCGCGCCGCGCCCCGGCAGAUCGCGCUGCUCUGCAACGAGGCCUACGGCUGCCGCCGGCUGUCCGAAUCCGAGGCCCGGUCGCGGCUGGCCAUGGGCGAUGACGAGGACGCGAACCGGGUGCUGCACCUGGCCUUCCGCAACGACGAGCUGCUGGGCUGCUGCUCCUCCACGCUGCAGCCGCCCUGGACGCCCAGGGGCUGUGGGCACUGGGGCCUGCUGUCGGUGCACCCGGAUGCCCAGGGCACUGGCGUUGCCUCAGCACUGAUCGCCGCAGCGGAGAGGCGGCUCUUCUUGUCCGGCUGCCGAAGCAUCCAGAUCGAGUACGAGUUUACGGCAGGCGACCCUGAGUCCGAAAGGCUGCUGAGUUGGUAUGAGGGCAGAUGCGGCUUUAGCAGCAGCUCUCCCCCGCCGAAGCGGGGCUCGGAGUUCCGGUGCUGCAAGAAGCGGCUCACAGAGGAGACGGUCUACAAGCCUCAGUCGCGAGGCGUGCUCACACCGGCUGUGAAGGAUGAGAAGCGCGGCUAUCCCCAAGAGGAGAUGCCCAGGGCGAAGUUCUGCCGACUGCUGUGA